AUGAAGCCCGUCACAUCGGUUGCGGUCCUUGGUGCCCUCCUGGGCCUAAGUGUGGAAUCGGUGGAUGCAGCGAGACCAUUCCACUGCCCUCCUCUCGGCCAGACGCUCCCAGCGCCCAAGAACCCUAGCUCGAAUCGUAUUGUGUCUGAAGCUGUUCAGAAAAUCACGGAACUGUUCCACGGAUAUGUCUCAGGAUACAAUAACAGCGCCGCCUCGCUGACGAUAAAGUCAAUCCACGAAGAUGUACCUCUUCUCGACAUCCACCAUACCCCCGGAAUUCGAGGUCAAAAUGGAACGACAAACGUCACGUCCAAGACAGUGUAUAGGGUUGGAAGUGUGUCUAAACUGUUCGCACCGCUCGCCAUCCUGCGCGAGGCUGGUGUUGACAUCAAUGACCCAGUUACCAAGUACCUCCCGGAGCUGAUGAAUCUUCAAGACCAGCAAGAAGACGUUAACGAGCUCACAACCAUCUCCUGGGACAAUGUCACUCUCUUGAGUCUCAGCAAUCAUAUGGGCGGUUUCGCUUAUGACACCAAGUAUGGCAAGCAUAGGCCAACUUGGGCGCCUUUCACCACACCCAUGUACUCGAACGUCGGUUUUCCGAUACUCAGCUUUGUUGUGGAGAAAGUGACCAAUAAAACCUUCGCUUCCCACAUUAAAGACACAAUCCUCAACCCACUUGGCAUGAACAGCACGUCGCCCGGAGAGAAACCCGAGGGCGACAACGUAGACUCUACCCUGGCCGAGGAUCCCUGGUGGUCUUUUGAUUUCGGUGUCUAUAACCCUGCUGGUGGCUUUUAUUCUAAUACUGAAGACUUGAUCAAGUUCGGCGAGGCUAUCCUCAACCACGAGCUGCUCAGCGGCGUCGAGACCCGAAAGUGGAUGAAGCCAACCGAGCACACCGCUUCACUUGGAAUGUCCGUGGGAAAUCCCUGGGAGAUUAUACGCGUCAAGAACUUGACUUCAGACGGUCGUGUCAUCGACUUGUACACAAAGUCCGGCGAUAUCGGCCCCUACCAUGCCAUCUUUGCUCUCAUCCCUGACUAUGACAUCGUCCUCACCUUUCUCACUGGAGGGCCGGAGGCCAGCAGCGAAGUCGUGUUUUUCGGAACUCCGAAGAUUGUGGAGGCCCUCAUUCCGGCCCUUGAUUACGCUGCUAAGGCUGAAGCAGGGGAGAGGCUUGUUGGUCAAUACGUUGAUGAGGAGACCAACUCUACCAUCACUCUCUCCGUCGACGAUGGCGCCGGUCUUGUUGUCUCUAAUUGGGUUUCUCGCGGUGUCAGCGUUGUCGAAAAUUACGGCAAGUACCUUGGUAUCGAUAAAGCCGUGGAGAUCAACGCUCCCAUCAGCAUCCGCCUGUACACCACCCGCCUCUCGGCCGAAAACCAGUCGGGUUGGCGUGCCGUCUUCUACAUCGGAGAUGCUGGGGAUUUUGCUGCCGUCGAUGCCAGCCUUCCCUUCAUCCCACAGAUAAGUUGCCAGACUUGGUUCAUGUUUGAACGGGUUAGCUAUGGCUUUAAUUCGAUUGACGAUUUUGUUGUUACUCUCGGUGAUGACGGUACUGCUGAGGAGGUCACUUCGAGAUUCUUCCAGACCACAAUGACUUUGGUCUCAAGGGAUUCCCAGGAGAACAUUGAAAAUUGA